GCAGCCGGCGCUGCGCACCCAGCGGCAAACCCUGCCGUGUUCCGUGAUCUGUCCUUUACAGCWGCUCUUCCCGGCUCUCCCGCCCGUMCCGAAGAGACCCGCGGCUUCAUCUCCCCGCCGCGGCUGCUGCUGCUUCCCUCCAGCACCCCCCGCCUCCAGCGGGGCACGGAGGCCAUGUUCCCGCUGGACUCUACCUGGAAUAUCUCCUUCGCCGGCUGCGGCUUCCUGGGGGUCUACCACAUCGGCGUGGCCAGCUGCCUGCAGGAACAUGCCCCGUUCCUGGUCACCAACGCCAAGAAGGUGUACGGCGCCUCGGCCGGGGCGCUCACCGCCACUGCCCUCGUCAGCGGCGCCUGUCUCGGGGAGGCUGGUGCCAGCAUUAUUCGGGUGUCAAAAGAAGCCCGGAAGAGAUUCUUGGGCCCACUCCACCCCUCUUUCAACUUGGUGAAGACCAUUCGGAUAUGCCUGUCUAAGAUGGUGCCAGAGAAUGGCCAUGAGGUUGCAGCAGGACGUUUGGGUAUUUCCCUGACACGGGUCUCUGAUGGAGAAAAUGUGAUACUGUCAGACUUCAAUUCCAAGGAGGAACUCAUCCAGGCCUGUGUCUGCAGCACCUUUAUCCCUGUCUACUGUGGGCUGAUACCUCCAACCUUGCGUGGGGUGAGAUACGUUGAUGGAGGGAUUUCUGAYAAUUUGCCCCAAUAUGAGCUGAAGAACACAAUCACGGUGUCUCCUUUCUCGGGUGAGAGCGAUAUCUGCCCACGGGACAGUUCCACAAACAUGCAUGAGCUGAGAGUCACCAAUACAAGCAUCCAGUUCAACCUUCGCAACCUCUACCGCCUCUCAAAGGCCCUSUUUCCUCCAGAGCCACAGGUGCUGCGGGAUAUGUGCAAGCAGGGCUAUCGGGAUGCRCUGCACUUCCUGAAGAAGAAUGGUCUCCUUCACCGCCCAAGUCCUGCCCGUCCUCUCCUUGCCAUAGAAGCACCUCCAGAAGAGAAGAAUGAAGAAGAAACACAAGCUGAGGACCAACCAGAGGACAACACUGCCCUUGCUGUUGUUGAAGACCACAUCUUUGAACACUUGCCUCCCAGACUGAACCAAGCUCUUCUGGAGGCUUGUGCAGAAAGAAGAAGUUUCUUUACUGGCCUCAGCAACAUGCUGCCUGUACGUGUGGCCACAGCAAUGAUGGUCCCUUAUAUGCUGCCUCUGGAAUCAGCAGUUUCUUUCACUGUCAGGUUGCUGGAAUGGCUCCCAGAUAUCCCUGAAGAUAUAAGAUGGAUGAGGGAGCAGAUGACAGAAAUCUGCAAUUAUCUUGUGAAGAAAGCCAAGAAGAAACUGGGCAGCCAUCUUUCAGCCAGGCUCUACUAUCACCUGGAACUUGGAGGGCCCCAGAACCUGCCAAUUACUCCCCCACCACCUUGUGGUGAAGCACUGCCCAUGUGGAUGAGAAGCAACCGUUCAGUGUCUGAUGUCAUGAUGAAGUGGGAGGAGUACCAGCGCCAGCUCAUGCUGGGCUUGCUCUGCAUCAACGUGGACAUGCAAGCCUCCCUCUUCCCUCGGGAAGGGUUUCAGAUAAAGCUUCCACCUCUAGACUGUGCAAAAGAGUGCCUGCCACUCUUCUGAGCCUGCUGCUCUGCAGGGAUGAGGGUGGGUGGGAAGGGGAAUGGACAUGGGGUGGGACCAGUCUCAUCCCUCAGCAGCAGGCUGCCCUGUGCUCCUGAAUGUGCUGCAAGGGGGAUUUCCCUGGGAUGGAGACUGGUGGAAUUGACUGUAGCCAUUUGYUGCCCACUGGGCCAGGCAAGGGACCUCUGUGUUCCAGAGGUCUGAUUCCUUGCUCUAGACUUGUGGUGAGGCCUGGCCAUUGCCUGUGGCCGGGCUGAUGCUGACCCAGCUGGGCUCUCCCAAACAGUGCACUUUGAAUUGCCAUUGGCUUUUUACCACCAAAUAACCAGGAUGUAGAUAACGCUCUCAAGUUCAUACAGCUUUUACCUUCCUUGGUUUUUCAGAGCCUAUAUCUUGGUUCCUUUCCUUAAAUCAUCUGACAACCCUUAGCUCUUUGUGCUACUGAAAGAUGAAGUAGCCUCUUGCCAAACCAGUUUUUCUCAUGGCUGCUUUCAAAUCUCCUCUUGACUUUCUUCUUUGCUGAAACCUUGGUCUUUCCUCUCUCCCUUAACUGCAUCCACACUGGAAGCCAGAGCUGGUCCUGCAGCAGACUGCAYUGGAACUGCAGAAGUGUAGAAAAGUUAUGUAUUUUCCCUGAUUCAUGUUGUCCUUUCUUGUUCAAGGUCCUCAUGGAACUGCUGUGACUUGAAAUCUGAGUGUUAAGUGAUUGAGCUUAUUUAGAGAAGUAAUUUUGACAGGUUUUUUUUUCUGGGGGAACAUGUUGAAUUUGAGGCCCUAUUCCUCUCUCUGUGAAUGGAAUUGGUGUGGGGUUGGCCUGAUAAAAGCUCAGCCUGGCUAUUUCAGGAUCAGCUUAGCAGCUAAAGCAAUAUGAAGUGCUUGUAGGAAUGUGAGAAUUGUGCAGGGCAUGUUAUUUUUGAGAGGCUUGUGGUGGAGCAUCACAACAAGUGCUGGGGAAGUGGCUGCCUCUGUCGGAUCAGCCAGGCUUUGCUCCUUAAGGGGCUGUACAACUGAGGCAAAUUCCAAGUAGGUGAUAUACAAUGRAUCUCCUGCCAUACUGAGGCUUCUGUCUCUCAUUUGCUCAGAAAGUUUGGUUGUUGAGGCUUUGGAGUGAGAAGGAUUUAGGCUUGUAGCUACACCAGCAUCACAGCUUGUCUGUCUGGUGUUGUGGCUCAGGUACAGCUCUGCAGCUGGCAGGAGCAGGAGCAUGAGAAGACUGUUGAUGCACAUGCAGCCUCUUGGAACUGCUGCUCUUUGUCCUGCCCCUUGGGAGACCAGAGCUAGUGGAUCUGUAGCAGAGCAGGACUCUGCCUUGAGGCACUGCCUUCUCAGCAGUGGUCUGGUCCUGGCUUGUGUGAGAAGUAGAAACUCCCUGCUCUUCACAGGGUGAAACAUGGCUUCCUGUGGGGAUUGCAUGAGUUUAAGUCUUCAAACUCUGACAAACCCAGCUCCUGGUACCUCUUUCUGCUGCUUCUCUAGCUGUGUGAGGCGUCUUCUACCUCUCCUAGCACAAACACUGUGCAAUGGCCAAAGCAAAYGUAUGCUGUCUUUGCUAAGGAGCAGGACAGGCUAUCUGAAGCUCAUUACAUAGCCUAUAUGUGGAAUAGUGAUUUUUAAUAGACUCUGUUUUGCACCUUAGAUUUAGAAAGGGUAAAUAAGCCCAGAAGUUGUUCUGGUAACUGGAGAAAGUAGUAAAUCUGCAUGAGCAGUGUGGGUAAUAGGAUGGAAGUUGUGCACUGGACAUGGUUUGGUGUUUGUGUGGAGACUGAUAAGCAUCAGGACUUUCCUGCUGUGACUGUGCUGAGCUGGGAGGCAAUGGAGUGGGCAGCUAUGCUAACCCAUUGCCCAGGAGAUACCAGUGCAAGAAUGAACUUGUGACUUAGAUUAGCACCCCACUGCCCUUGAUGGAUGUAACCUACCUAUUGUAGCACAAGGGCCUGUGUAGCUUACAAAGCAGGCCUGCACUUACACAGUCAGAUUUAGUCUUAAGCUUUGCAUAGUUAAUUUGGUUAGGGAGCAGGGAAGUCACUACAGGAAGAGAAAAAAAUUGGAGGAUUCUGAAAUCAGAAUAGAACGUUGGAUUACAAAGGAAGUCAAUCUUGCGAUUGUCUAAAGCCCAYAGUAAAAAAUGCUAGAUUCUAAUGAAAGUGACCCAGCAACAAGCUACUGUCACUUGGUGGGAGAAGGAUGAAUUUGAUGAAAAUUGGAACUGAGAAAAGGUGUUGAUUUUGUGGUUUGGUAUGGGAUUUAUUUUUUCCCCAUUAUUUUGAGCUACCUUUUAAUGGGAAAUGGCACGUGCAUAGCUAGUUUGAUUGCUGAAUGUGCGUCUCUUSUUCCUAAUGCAUACAGAGCAAUUGGCAAGAACACAGACAUAUUUAAUGGCAAGAAAUUAAGUCAUUUUAUCCGGAAGGAAAACAUCUGAGAGGGGCAAAACUGCAUAAGAAAAAUAUUGCAUUUAGAAGCUGCUGCCCUUUUGACUCUGCCUUUUUUUUUUUUUUUUUUUUU